AUGGCCAUUAGAGACAUGAAAGACGCGGUGCUUGCCGCGCGCUUGCAUAUAAAUGACGUCGCUGCACAGCCGGCGCGUCGCGCGGAGCGACAAGGUGACGAGAAGCGUGGCACCUCUGAAUCCCGAUUGGAUAAAUUUGCGGCGAAAGUCCGUCCGGAGCCCGCGGUUAAACCAAUCAAAGAUCGCCGCCGCGCACGCCUGACGACAGCCGAGAUUUCAGUGCCGCGCCGCCAAACAAACAUGAACGCAUUGCGGUUUGGAUUGCGCGGCUUGGACAUUCUUCUUGUCUGCGCCAUCAUCGCCGUCGGGAUCUGGAACGGAUAUAUCGGCGUCAAUGAUCGCGGCGUUGCAGCGCCUGUCGCAGCCUCAGUGCUGGGGUCUGUCAUCUUUAUCGCAGCCCUAUUCAUUUCCAAUGCUUACCGCUUCAACGCCGCCACGACAUGGUCGGCUCACCUUAAGACCGUGAUGAUCGCGAGUUUUGCCGCUGCGGGCGUGUGGUUGACGAUCGCUUUGAUCGUGCGGCCAGACACCUUCCUGCCCGAUGCGUUGGCAAAGGCCGGAUUAGGCGCAAUCGCUUUACUGGCUAUUCUGCAUAGCAUUUAUCACAAUCAGAUCCGCCGCCUUCAUACACGCGGAGCUCUCUCCCCGACGAUUGUUAUGCUUGGAGCCACUGAAAGUGCGCGUCGCAUCAUCGAGGAAAAUGCAAAAACAAAAGAACUCAACAUCCUCGCCAUCUUUGAUGACCGUCUGGCCCGUGCACCGCACAACAUACACGGCGUGCCCGUCAUUGGCUCUGUGGAGGAUCUGCUGAAUUGGGACGCCUUGCCCUAUAUCAACCGGAUCGUUGUAACCCUUCCGGCGAUGGCGAAUAAACGCAAACAGGAUUUUGUUGACCGCGUUCGUUUGUUGCCAAACCGCAUCGCCUUUGUUGUUGAUGAAUUUGAAAACUUAAACCAUGUGCAGCAACGUGUGUCUGAAAUUGCAGAAAUCAGCCUGCGCGAUGUCACCGGCAAUCCGAAAUCCGGCCGCCAUACGGCGCUAAAGCGUCUGCUGGACAUCGGGAUUUCGGCGACAGCUCUUGUCCUUGGCGCACCUGUCCUCGGACUGAUUGCCCUUAUCAUCCGUUUAGACAGUCCGGGUCCGGCCUUAUUCAAACAACCUCGUCACGGGUUCAAUAACCGUGUGUUUAACGUCUAUAAAUUCCGCUCUAUGCGCAAUGAUCGCGCUGAUUUGAAAGCCGAACAACAGACAGUUGUGGGCGACGCCCGCGUCACAAAAAUCGGAAGAAUUAUCCGCAAAACCUCGCUGGAUGAGUUACCGCAACUUAUCAAUGUUCUGAAGGGUGAGAUGUCGCUCGUUGGGCCGCGUCCGCACGCCGUCGGGAUGAAAACCGAAGGCAAGGAAAGCAUGGAACUCGUCAGCGAAUAUGCGCAUCGACAUAAGGUCAAACCCGGCAUGACCGGCUGGGCGCAAAUUAACGGAUCUCGCGGUCCUUUACACUCCGGGUCUGACGUCGCUGAACGCGUGCGUCUCGACGUGGAAUAUAUCGAACGCUCUAAUGUGAUGUGGGAUAUCUAUAUCAUGCUCAAGACGUUGCCUGUUCUUUUGGGCGACCGGACGAACGCCCGUUAA